AUGGCGAAUGAAACCGUUCUUAGUGGCCUUGAGCCGACCGCUUGUGAUACCCGGAUUCUAUCUCUAGUCCUUCAGGACCAGGGACCCACCCAGCCCAAGCAUUGGUUGCUCUAUGUAGCACUGGCAGAUGAGAAAGAACCUGGCGGCCGGUGCUAUCAAGUCACAGGCAACCCGCUGUGCAUGGUAUACUGGGCACCCGACAAACUGAUCAACAUCAAGAAGUCCAAGUCCUAUUUUGAUACUGUCGAGUUGACUGUCGUCACUGAAAAAGAGGCAGCGAUGGUGCAGGAAAUUGCGAGUCAGGAACGACCCCCUCGAGCGCGGGAUUGGUCCUCUAGGACGGAGAAUUGUCAAGGCUGGACCGUGCGAGUGCUUAACAAACUCAAUGAACGCGGAGUUGUUCCUCAGUCCAAAAUUCGCUCCGUGGAGUCUAUGAUGGAGUCACUUUAG